GCGUACUUCGGUCAUUGUUCGGCUUGAGCUAGCUAAUGUGCUAGUUAGAAUUGAGCAGAGAUUACAGAGGUUUAGUCUUCGUGCAUUAAUAUAUGACCUUAAAGUCUUACAGCAAACAUCUGAGAGCCUUUCAAAGCAACAAUGAGCAAAAGGAAAGCGCCACAGGAAUCCCCAAAUGAGGGAAUUACAGACUUUCUUGUUGAGCUGGCCAACUAUGAGAAAAACGUCAACAGGGCUAUACACAAGUACAAUGCAUACAGGAAAGCAGCAUCAACCAUUUCUAAGUACACUAACAAAAUCAGAAAUGGCGAAGAGGCCAAGAAACUGGAAGGUGUUGGACCUAAAAUAGCAGAAAAGAUUGACGAGUUCCUUCAAACUGGCACACUACGGAAACUGGAAAAGAUUCGUAACGAUGACACCAGCUCUUCCAUUAAUUUCCUUACCAGAGUGACUGGAAUUGGCCCUGCUGCUGCCAGGAAGUUCUUUGAAGAAGGAGUGAAGACCUUAGAAGAUUUGAAAAAGAUUGAGCACAAGCUUAACCAUCAUCAACAGGUCGGACUCAGGUACUUUGAGGAAUUUGAGAAAAGGAUUCCACGUGCUGAAAUGGAACAGAUGGAGACUUUUAUUAUUGAGGAAUUGAAGAAGCUCGAUCCAGAAUACAUUGGGACGAUCUGUGGAAGCUACAGGAGAGGUGCAGCAUCAAGUGGUGAUAUUGAUAUCUUGCUGACCCACCCAGACUACACCUCUGAGACUGAGAAGCAGCCUAAGCUCCUUCAUGCCGUGGUCGAACAUUUCGAGUCCAUUGGGUUCGUGACCGACACUCUGUCCAAAGGAGACACCAAGUACAUGGGAGUCAGCCAGAUUCAGAAGAGCGACGAAGAGGAGGAGGAAUACCUUCACAGGCGUAUUGAUAUCAGGUUAAUUCCCAAGGACCAGUACUACUGCGGAGUUCUGUACUUCACUGGAAGUGAUAUCUUCAAUAAAACCAUGAGAACUCAUGCUCUGGAGAAAGGCUUCACUCUCAAUGAGUACACCAUACGGCCUCUUGGAGUCACUGGUGUGGCAGGGGAGCCUCUGUUGGUGGAUAGUGAGAGAGACAUCUUUGAAUACAUCCACUACAAAUACAGAGAGCCAAAGGAGCGCAGCCAGUGAAGUUUACAGAUACGUCUGUGUUUGAAACUACAGCUUUCCUAUAAACAAGAUCGGAAGCAUGUGUAUACCGUGUAUGUUAGUAUACCAUACGACUAUGUUCUGAUUCAAAAUCAUCCCCUUUAAUGACUUUUCAACCCAAAUGCCUACACGUUUUGCAAAACAAAAUUCUAAUUCUGACGUAUUUUCAGUGUCAUUUUCCAUAGCGUAUCUUUGUAAAGACUUGUUGGGAUUAUUUUUUUAUCAUGCUCUCAACUGUAAUUUAUUUUGUACAACACAUAUACAUUUGACUUUUUAUGACAACAAUGGAUUGUUCCAUAAUCUGAGAGUAUUAAUCGUUUAGUAAAAUAACUUCUGUUACAGUUUUUCCAACCCGGUUAAUGGUUAAUGACAACUAUCAUCCUUUUUGGCAUGAUCUUAGCACCUUUUAACGCUUUGUUGUGCAAAUGUGGUUUAAUAACUGUUACACAUUUAGACACCACAGCAGUAUUGCGGUUGUUCUUUGUGUAAAUCAUUUUAUUCUAUUAAAUCUCAAUCACCAUCGACCUUCAAUAAUCUCUGUUUUUAAACCUGUAAGUAUUUUAUUUUUUACAAUUUGGGCAAACUGAUGAAACAGAAGGAAAGUAUGCAAUAAAGGGUCUCAGUGUUGGGGAAAAAAGACCAUCAAUGUGUUGAGAUAAAGAUGUUUUCCAGUUGAUUGAAGUGAAUGUUUCUAUGGUAGAUUGUUCUCUUGCAUGUGGUUGUGUGAACAUUUUUACUUGUGUUAUUAUUGUAUCUUUGGUGCUUGUAAGGGUGGCGUUUAAAAGGUAUAAAGAUAAGACUUGAAUCUGUAUUGCAAAACUUAAAUAUUAGUAUAUCGACUCUGUUCAGUUUUGUAUGGUGGAGGAACGCAACCUUUUCUAAAAAAAAUAAAACCACGGAAACCUGUGUGUCUUCUUAA